AUGAAGGAAUGCAUAUCCGAACAAGAUCACUAUCAGUUGUUCCCUAAUAAGGGUUACGCUAUGGAGGAAGAAUGUGACCUAGUCGAUGUGCAAGGGCAAGAGGUGGCAUAUUGCCUUUGCCGAAAUCAAAACUUCUGCAAUAAGUUGCCGAUUGCAGAUCAGUUUAUUGCUUUUGAAGAGAAGAAUCCGGAACUUUUCGCUGACCCUGAGCAGCCUCCUGCGGCAACUAUCUCGAAAGGUCCUGCGCCAUUGGGAGUGCCAGUAUCGAUGCAAUCUUCGGCUGCAUUCAUCGCUCCACCAGUACCUCCUCCACCCAUCAUU